AAGCUACGACAUCGCCAUCAUGAGGAUCGCCAUCAUCGGCGCAGGCCCGGCCGGCCUCGCCGCCGCUCGAACAUUCAGCGAGUGCUCGAAUCCUGCGUUCGACAUCCAGGUGUUCGAGCGCAACACCGAUGUGGGAGGAACCUGGAUUUACGAUCCCGUCCCGUCGCCGACGGCCUCGGCAAUGUAUGCCAACCUUCACACCAAUCUCACCCACGACCUGAUGAGCUUCCUGGACUAUCCCUUUCCUGCAGACACACCCGAGUUCCCCCCGCACCAUCUCGUCUUGAAGUAUCUCCGGGACUUUGCGACUCAUUACAACCUUCGACAGUUCAUCCGAUUCCACACCAAUGUUGUGGCCGUGCGCAAGAGCAUCGUCCCUGGACAAGAGCCGGCUUGGGAGGUUGUAACAGUCUCGGGCGAUGGCCCGGCCCGGCUCGAGGUCUUUGACGCCGUCGUGGUCUGCAACGGCCACUACGAGAAGCCCAGAUGGCCAGCGAUCCGGGGACUGGCCGAGUACAGAGGCGAGCUGCUACACACCCGAGACUAUCGGACGCCCGAACAGUUUGAGCGCCGCUCUGUGUUGGUUGUCGGUGGCGGAAGCUCGGGUAUCGACAUUGCCCGUGAAGUUUCGGCGGUGGCAUCCAUCGCCUAUCUUUCCACGGACCGACCCGAUGCCGCUGGCGACCUCGGCGAGACCCUCAAGAAGCUCAGUACCAACAUCAAGGCCCGACCAGAGAUUGACCACAUCGAGCCAGAGACCGGACGGGUCCAUUUUGUCGACGGAUCGCAGACGACCGAGUCCAUCGACGCCAUCAUCCUCGCGACCGGGUAUUACUUCGCCUUCCCAUUCCUUGACCGCUCGCUGCAAGACAGUCUUCGAGCCUGUGCCGGGCAGGAGAAAGGCCUGGGUGUCAGCAAUCUAUAUGCGUCGCUCUUCCAUAUUCCAGACCCGACUCUGGCUUUUGUGGGACUGCCCAUGCAGGUCGAGCCGUUUCCGCUGUUCCAGUUACAGACCCAGUGGAUCGCACAGGUGUGGCAAGGCAAAGUUCGGCUACCUGGCGAGCCGCAGAUGCGACAGGAAGAAGAGAACGAGCACCAGAAAUACGGCUUCGCCGACGGCGACCGCAAGAAGCUCGUCUUUGGAGUCCAGCGACAGUAUCCCUACUGGAACAGAAUAUGCGACAUUGUCGGAUACCCCAAGGUCGGCCAGGCGCGCAUCGACCGCCGAGUCCAGAUGCUUGAGAUCCGUCGAAAAGCCUUGGGAUACUGAUAUCUCAUAGGUGCAAGCAACUAGUCACGAUGUAUCGCUGUGCCAACAAUACAGCCCAAUCGAAACGGGCCAGCGCCCAUUUGCAUUCCUUCAAA